AUGCAGCCCUGCUCCCAUUCAACCCGCACACAUCGGUUUCCUCUGGCUUUGCCAUCGAUUUCGUCGGUUCACGCCCGAGGCCCAGUCGAUACCUGGUACAAUUCCAAUUACGCGCCAAAACCAUCCGUGUCUAGCGAACGACUACCGGCUCUUCCACAGAUACAUCCGCACGCGACCACUUCCGCUUCCUCGUCGCCUCGGGGCGGAUCCUUCAGCUCUUCAUCCGUCGACCACGGAAGCACGAGCUCAAACACGUCCUAUUCCGCAUCCGUGAACGGACAAGCGACGGGGUUCAAGACUCCCUCGCCCGAACAGCAUCCCCAGUCUUUAAACCGCGACGGUCAGGCAGUGCAUGUCAGUUCACAGCAAACAUCUCCGUACGGUACCCAGCAAGGCUACGGUUACUCUCCCGACGGCUACAACAGCAACAGCAUGAACCAGAUGCAAUCGUACGCUGACGUACAUCAACCACAAAUGUCUGCCGCUACUGCACACGCUCCAGCUACGGCUGCCCCAGGAAGCCUAUCACACUACUCAUAUCCUUCUCAACCUCCGCUGUUGCCCCCAGGUUCGCAAUAUGCCUCGGCUCCGGCCGCUUAUCCGCAAUACGGCUACCCCAAUGGCGUUCCCUCCCAGUUGCCCGUGUCCUCCUCGAUGAGCAAUGCCAUGGUCCCUCAAUCCCUUCAGCUUCCAGCUAUGACUUCUGCUGCACCACCGUCGGGUAUGGCCAGCGCACAGGGCUACCAAUCGCACACCUUUGAUCACACUGGACAAGUUGCACCUCCGGGGAUGAAGCCCCGGGUAACAGCAACCUUGUGGGAAGACGAAGGUAGCCUUUGCUUCCAAGUCGAAGCCAAAGGUGUUUGUGUAGCGCGUCGUGAAGAUAAUCACUUCAUCAACGGCACAAAGUUACUCAACGUCGCAGGCAUGACCCGUGGACGUCGAGAUGGUAUCCUCAAGAGUGAGAAGACCAGGCAUGUGGUCAAGAUUGGCCCCAUGCACUUGAAGGGCGUCUGGAUCCCAUUCGACCGUGCCCUAGAAUUCGCCAACAAGGAGAAGAUCACCGAGUCGCUCUACCCGCUUUUCGUGCAUGACAUCGGAGCUCUCCUAUAUCACCCCUCCAAUCAGACUAGGUCGAGUGUAGGUGGCGCUGCCAUGGCCGCCGUGGACCGCAACCGGAGACCCGAUUCCAUGCAAAGCAACCGAUAUCUCGCUGGACCCACAGCUACUACGCAGGCUCCAUCACUUGUCCACCAUCACUCGAUGAGCAACCCAGUUGGAGCAGCCAUGUCGCAACCGCCACAUGCAAUCCAACCGCAUCCCUCGUCAGGCAGACCGGGCAUUGACCGCGCACACACCUUCCCCACCCCUCCCACAAGUGCGUCGAGCAUCAUGGGUAUGGGCAACCAGGGCAGUUCUUACGAGUGGAGUGGAGCCAAUGUGCAGAAUGUUGCUGGCAGCCAGCCGCUGUCCAUUGAUACUGGUUUGAGCAAUAACCGAUCUGUCCCUACAACACCCGCUAGCACACCGCCUGGCUCUGUGCAGCCUGGUAUGGGCUAUCAGACGGCUCAGAGCUACGACAGCUCGCGGCCUAUGUAUUCGGCACCACCCUCGCAGCCCACCCAAUACAACACCCAGUCGCAGCAAAUGAUGGGUUACCCCAAAUCCGAGAUGGCGCCACCUGCCCGCGCGGGAGACCACGGUGAUGUGAAGCCCGCCGAAGGCAUGUUGUCUCAGACCGACGAGCAGGUCAAUCACGGGCCGACUGGAGACGACAACGACAAUGAUCACGAAUACACCCACAGCAAUAAUGCAUACAACGGUGGCCGUGCUCCUUACGCGUACGGAUCAAACUCAGCCCCCGCACCCAUGGCGGAACAUCCCCACCUUUCCCCGGAAAUGACUGGCUCUCCUCAUCAGAAUGGUUCGGGGCGUGCCACUCCGCGUACGACCAACACCAGCCAGACACAGUGGACAUCCGGAUACCCAACGCCUCAGCGCCAGGGUCCUUCCAGCAACCUCUACAGCGUCAUGAGUGACAACCGUACCACCAACGGCAAUGGGCCUUCAGAUGGAUACCAGCCCUCGGGAACGGUACCACAAUACCCAAGUCAGGCCUACGCCACCCCCAACGGUGUUCCCACACCCGGAAAGCGUGGACGCGAGGACGAUGACCAAGAUCCCUAUGGGCGCCCCGGAAGCGUUCAAGGCGAUGAUAUCGAUGGUCUUAAGAGACGCAAGACCAUGGAUAGUGGAACUGUCCCACCUUAUGCGCAGGAUCCCAACGGCGGACUUCAGCGCUCGCGCACUACAAUGGCGCAGCGCAGGAGGUAGAUGCUUCUGAUGCUGCUGCUGAUCUGGAUGGUUUAGAAGCACCGUCUUCAAGUCACGCACAACAGACGUUCAACGAGCUCUCGGACACACGGCACUCGUGGUCUGGACCGUGUCUGCACUAACGACCCCGACUUUGAUCCAUCACGGAUAUUUCCUUGUGUUCUAUUUUCUUUGUAUUUCCUGUGUCCCUUCUCGAGCUUCCCCAUAACGAAGCCUUGACGAUUUUAACGACCAUUUCUCUCAACUAGAAACCGUGCGUUUCGAGCCUCCAUACCUUGGAUCCUGUUUCUUCUUCUUGCUCUCAUGAUAUACGACUCCCUGCUUGCAUGAGGCAUAUGCACCUGUGCAGUAGAUGCCAACGUUGGUGCUAUUGCUCAGUGUUGCAGGUGACGAUUCUGUACUUUCUACACAACUUGUUUUCCUUGUGACGGCCUAAAACCUUGGACCCGACGAUGUUGGGGGCCGCCCUGCCACGAACCACUCCUAAAAAAAACGCAAACCCAAAAGCCAGGUAUUGCAGCACGAGAUGGAUAGCCCAAAUAUAUAUAUCAGCGACACCUACACACACGAAUCACACAGACACAGUGGCAGCGCGGCCGUGGUCCAGGAUUCUCACGAUGAACGACACAUGGUGGGCAUUUGAAACGAACAUUUGCAGCGAAGUGGUGGCCUAAAAAUCUUGUUGCCUCAUUCACCAUCGUCAUCCUCAUCAUCAUCAUCGUCGUCAUGACUUGUUUCGGCGCCUUGGCCAUGAUCUGUACCUCAUUUGGGAGCGUUUGACGCAGCAGUACGAUCAAACGAAGCGCAAAUGCGGGGGAUCAAGGCGGCGAUUAGAAUGCUUCUUUAUAGGGUGGGGGUGUUUGCGCGUGCAAGCAAGCUCACAUCAAAACCUUGUUCCAUUUUCCAUUUUUCUUCUCCUUUUUACCUUUCUUACUAUUAAGUAUCUGUUCUUAGCUGGGCGGGUCCGGAUGGGGGGGAAGACAAAGUAUUUGGCGCCCACCGGCCCAACCAGGCAAAUAGUGUCUUGGUUGAUGAUU